UUCCCUAACACAUUUCUCACACAGAGUCUGGAGGUUUUCAGGCCCCUGCAAUUCUGGAGCCCCAGAGUUUCAGAUAUGUCCUUCAGGGUCCCACCUAGACUACACCCAACCCUGGAAACAUGGAUCAUGGAUCCUAUGGGUGCUGUUUCCAGAGAUCUUAGGCCUGCUGAGUGAUGAUCAGUCCUAAGGAGGGAGGGACGCGUCCCAAUCCACACACCCGCCACCUCGGUCUCAGCGCGCGGCUAGAGCAGAGACCACAGGCCCGGUUCCUGUUGGUGAGAGGACCACACCAAGACUCCGGUAUUGACCUGGUAAAAAUAAGAUCUGUACUGAGUUAAAAUAGAGUCUGAUCUAGCGGGAGGAGUCUGGGUGGAGGAGGGUGGUGGUUCUGAACGGGACGCAGCCGGACCGGGCUCCGUCAGCUGACAGUCUGCUCCGCCGCCGACAUCUUGCCUCCGACCGGAGGAGGCUGGAGAGUCCGGUUUUCACGGUCAAAUGUCCGGAUGGAGGGACGACGGGGCCUGAGCGGCUCUGUGGGAGGUAGCCCGGGGACACGGUGGCCUCUCUGUGGACCGGGUCAGGACACGGAGACGGACAGAUCCACUGAUUGUCUCUUCGUCCGUCUGUCUGUCCGCACUGCAGCAGUGGCGCAUGGACUGCGGGGGAGUCGUCACCGUCUCCGCUGCGUGACUCUUCGUCAUGAUCCUUUUCUGAGUGACUGAUGCUGUCGGCCAUGAUUGGAGGACUCUUCAUCUACAACCAUAAAGGGGAGGUGUUGAUCUCCAGGGUGUGUACCGUGACGACAUCGGGAGAAAUGUUGCGGACGUGUUUCAUGUUAAUGUUAUCCAGACUGGCAGAAGGUCCGCUCUCCGGUCACCAACAUCGCUCAGACCAGCUUCUUCCACAUCGAGCGCUCCAACAUCUCGCUGGCAGCCGUCACCAAGCUGAAAGUCAACGUCACCAUGCUGUUCGAAUUCCUCUACAAGAUGAUUGACGUGAUGAUGGCAUACUUCAGUAAAAUCACUGAAGUGAACGUCAAGAACAACUUGGACCUGAUCUACGAGCUGCUGGACGAGAUUCUGGACUUUGGUUAUCCUCAGAACUCGGGAGACAGGAGCUCUGAAAACCUUCAUCACUCAGCAGGGCAUCAAGAGCCAGUGUCUGUUCAUAUGUGUGUCUUUGUGUGUGUGUUUAUCUGUGUAUUUAUGUGUGUGUAUUCAGGUCAGGUGCUCAGCGCUCUCGUCUCAGGGCUGGUGCUGAUGAAGCAUUACCCGAGCAGGAUGCCUGAAUGUAAAUUUGAGAUGAAUGACAAGAUAGUCAUGGACAGGCAGGGGAAAGGAGGAAGCUCUGAGGACACCGGCAAGAGGUACCGAACCACCAAAGACAUCAUCCUUCCCCUUCAGAGUCGUCCCUCUGGUCUGAGAGGUGGGUCGGACAAAACUGAAGGUCAAGGUCGUCAUCAAGUCCAACUUCAAGUCCUCACUGCUGGCUCAGAAGAUGGAGGUACGACCAGCAACCUCGGAGGCUGGAAAAAGAAGCCAACACAGAGGAACCAACAGCUGUAGUUCCUCUGAUGACCACUAGAGUCUCCAUAGACUGCCAUGUUAAAAUGUCCAAUUUUACAGCAGAAAUAAACAUGUUUACAGCCUGGAACAAAAGCA